UAGACUCGGGUUUACUGGAGGUUAUAUCCCCUCCCGCUUCCUAUUACCCAAAUAUGUCGUCCAUAAGGCAGACAUUAGGCGAUCCCAUCGAUAGAGUCCGCUGGAGGUCCAAACAAAACCUCGAUUUCGGGUAUCUAAUGAUGUAUUGCCAGCCAAAGGGUACAUAUUAUGUACAAUUAGAGGACGACAUACUCACAAAACCGGCGUAUUUAACAAAAAUGAAAAACUUUGCGGUAAAGGCAUCGCUUCAGAAGAAGGAAUGGCUUAUUCUGGACUUCUGCAAAAUGUUUAAAUCUGUAGACCUAUCGAUGUUUAUAAUAUUUUUCGUCAUCUUUCAUAACGACAAACCCGUGGACUGGCUGUUGGAGCACUUAAUACAAACCAAAUUGUGUCGAUUCGACAGAGAUCUCAAAGACUGUAAGAAACAGAAGGACUUGGUUUGGCUGCACCACAAGCCCUCCCUAUUCCAGCACAUCGGCACCCAUUCCAGUCUUAAGGGCAAAGUCCAGAAACUAAGGGACAGAGGCUUUGGAAAGCUGUCCCUAUAUUAUGCACAUAAAGACAAUCCGAUGGCUAUUGUCUCGACCACUUUGAAGCACUAUAAGAGUCACUCAAUAGAGCGGUGCUAUUUUGGCGAUACAUUCUUCUGGGGGAUGACACCCAAAGCCGGCGAUAAUAUUACGUUUACUUUUGAUCCUCCCAUCCCUCUCGAGAGGUAUUUCUUCCGGACGGCUAAUAGUGAACAUCCAGAGGACAAACUCAUUGACGCCACAGUAGAAGUGCUGCCGUUGUAUACAGUCUCGAAAAUACCAAACCAUUUGUCCGUCACGUCUGACGGCUAUUACGUGAUCGGAGGCUUCAGAAUCAUGAAGGGAAUGGCCAAUGGGUUCGUACCACACGUUCUCAGUCCUGUCAAACAGCUGAGGAUCAGUAUUACUGCCGAUUCUGAUCGAUGGCUUAUUAUUAAUGAGAUUUUAAUCAAAACAUUCAAAGACGAAAUCGAGACUCUAAUGAAGUGAUGAAAAUGUUUUUUGUCUGUUAUUUAUAGCAAACGAAUUGUUUUCUAUUGUUUGGUAUUAUUAGCGAAC